CCCUUUUCUAAUCUUCAUUCAUUUUCUCAAUCAAUCACUCUCCCAAAAUCCUCAUCAACAUAUUAUAUGUCAAUUACAGUUCCAAGCUUAUAUAAACAACAUUAUCAAUUAUCCAACUCUAAAGCAACUACAACAGUGGAUACAGAUUGCAAGAACUGAGUGAGAAAUGAACCUUCAAAAAAAAUGAAAAAGGGAAAAGAAAGGAAGGAACGGAAAGGAUUAUCCCAUUAAUUUUUUUUUUUUUCACCAAAUUCUGGGGCCAAACCUGUAUACCCUUGAAACCCAGGAAGAGAGUAAGCUAAAGAUACUAUACCAACCAAACCAUGCCUUCAAGGCCUUUAGCUCCAAGUUAUUUUGACCAUCCUAGACCUGGUUUUAUCACUAAAACCAGAAUCUUGUUCUUGACACUUACAAUCUCUGCCUUUGUGUUGGUUAUCUUUACAAUUAUCUACUUUAUUUACUAUCUUUGGUAUUCUCUUGUAAAUCGUUCAAGAACCAUCCCUUUUGAUUCUGGUACGCCUCUAAAGCUCCAGAGUUUCUCUUACAAAGAGCUUAGGGUUGCCACUAAUGAUUUUGAUGACGAUAAUAUUAUUGGCAAAGGUGGUUCUGGUACCGUCUUUAGAGGCAUUGCAAGGGAUGGAAAGCUAUAUGCUAUCAAGAGGCUUGAUACUCCCUCUUUACAGUCAGAGAGAGAGUUCCAAAAUGAGUUGCAGAUUCUUGGUGGGUUAAGAUCACCUUUCUUGAUUACUUUAUUGGGCCACUGUUUUGAAAAGAAUAAGCGCUUGCUUAUCUAUGAGUAUAUGCCGAAUAAAAGUUUGCAAGAAUUGCUAUUUGGGGAUGGGCAUUUGGGCCUGAGUUGGAACAGAAGGUUUGGAAUUAUUCUUGAUGUUGCAAAAGCACUCGAGUUUUUGCACCUUGGAUGUGAUCCUCCAGUGAUUCAUGGCGAUAUUAAGCCUGGUAAUGUUUUGCUUGAUUUUGAUUUCAGAGCCAAGAUUUCGGAUUUUGGGUUAUCGAGAAUUAAGGUGGAGGGUGAGUUUGGAGUAGAUUUGUUUAGUCAAGACUUGGGAAAGAGUCAAGAGCUGUGGAAGAGUCAGGAGCUUUCAGGGAACUUGACCUCAGAAACUCCGGCAAUUGGUACUCCUGUGGAUAGUUGUCAAGAGGUAGAUUUUGCUCUUGCUUUACAAGCUUCUUCUUCCUCGAAAAUUAGUAGAACAUGUUAUAAUGUUAGAGCUUUGAAUGUGAAAUCAUUCAAUUAUAAUGCAAACAUCGUGAAUGAGAGUGAUGUUAAGGUAGGGAAUGGGAAGGGGAAGGAAGUUUCUUUUGUGGAUAUUGGUGGGGAUGAUUGGAAUUGUAAGUUUGUGCCUUAUGAUGAUGAGCCUUCUAGUAUUGAUCAUAGUAAAGAGUUGAAUUGUACUGGUUCUUCUGUUGCUGAUGAUUCCACUGGUAACAAACAAUGGGGAAAGGACUGGUGGUGGAGACAGGAUGGAAGUGGUGAAUUAUGUAGUAAAGAUUAUGUUAUGGAGUGGAUAGGAAGCCAGAUUUGCCCCUCGGCGAAUCCUGAUUGGGAUGAAGAGAAGAAAAGUACUCCAGAGGGAACAGAAUUGAAUUGUUCAGCCCCAAUGGAUAAAGUGGAAGAUGCCAGCGAACCUCAAUUACAGGAUUUGGGUUUUGAAAAUUGCAUUGAAGGAUUUGAGAAGAAAGAUUCAAGGGGCAGGAAGAAUCGUAGAAGGAAAAAUAGGAAGAUGCAAGAGUGGUGGAAAGAGGAGCACUUGAAUGAGAUUAGCAAGAAAGGUACUAAGCCCAAGAAUCUUGAAACCAAGUGGAAGAAAAGGCUUAAAACUCCACAUUUUCAUCUGGGUCGCCGGUUUCACUUCCAGAGACAAAAGAAAUCAGGGGAGCAGACCCUAAAGGAAUCUGAUCAAAAUGGGGAGUUUAGUUUCAGAAGGGGGUUGAAGAAAAAGAAUGUGCAUUCUACAGGAAGUGAUAUGUGGAGUGGUGAUCUUUUUAGUCGCGAGUUAAGCAGCACAACAAGCAUGCGGGGCACACUGUGUUACGUAGCACCAGAAUAUGGUGGGUGUGGGUACUUGAUGGAUAAGGCUGAUAUAUACAGUUUAGGAGUUCUGAUUCUUGUGAUCGUGUCCGGUAGAAGGCCAUUACAUGUUCUUGCUUCACCCAUGAAGCUUGAGAAAGCAAAUUUGAUAAGUUGGUGUAGGCACCUAGCUCAAGCUGGGAACAUCUUAGAACUUGUAGAUGAGAGAUUGAAGGAUGACUACAAUAAAGAACAGGCAAGCUUGUGUGUCAACUUGGCGUUGAGUUGCUUGCAGAAGAUGCCGGAAUUGAGACCAGAUAUUGGAGAGAUUGUAAAGAUUUUGAAAGGGGAUAUGGAUCUUCCGCCCCUGCCAUUCGAGUUUUCUCCCUCGCCGCCAUCUAAAUUAUUUAGUAGGUCGCGGAGAAGACAGAAAUCCAAUGCAGAGUAGCUAUGUUUGGUACAUAUUCUUCAUUUUUUUUUCUUCUUUUUGUCAUGUCGUAUGUAUUUGGGAUUUGGCUGAGCGCCUUACAGGAGAGAUGAUUGGAAGGUGUAAUCUGAUAAAAACAUGGGGAAUGAAGCUGACUUCAUUACAAUGAUAAGUAUUAGGACAUGCAAGCUAAACUGGGUAGAUGCUGGUUUGCCCAACAACAAACCACAGUUUCUGCUGCAACUCUUGAGUUUUUGUUGAGUUUCCAUGUCAAAUGAAACUUCACUUUACAUCCAUUGUGUAACGGCAGAACAAUACAUACAAAUGGCUAAGAUGUUGCUACAUCAAAAUAAAAAUCAGUAAUUCUGCUUUCUUCAA